UUGACAGCAGGACUGACUGAAGGAGCAUGGUGAAACACCAACCCCUCCAGGUCUAUGAGCGCCAGCUGUGUUUGUCGUGUAUCACCGGGACCUACGGCUGCCGAUGGAAACGCUACCAGCGUUCCCAUGAUGACACCACCAAGUGGGAGCUGCUCUGGUCCCUCAUCCUCCUCUUCACCUUCUGUCUGCUGCUUGUGUGGUUCUACUUCUGGUGGGAGGCCCAUAACGACUACAACGAGUUCAACUGGUUUCUAUAUGAGCGCUCAGGGAAAUGGAGCGACGGCACCGUUCCCAUCUUGGCAACAACCGCUGCUGGCUUCACCUACGUCACGUUUUUAAUGGUUUUAGCACUUUGCCAUGUUGCACUUGGACAACAGCUGAAUUUGCACUGGCUCCAUAAGAUAGGAGUGACUGCUGCUUUGCUCACCACCAUUGCUGGAGUCAUAUCAGUCAACCAGACAUGGAGUCAAGAGUGGGACAUUGUUCCCAUCUCCUUUCAGGCGACAGGUCCAUUCCUGCACCUGGGGGCCCUCGCUGCUGUCACAGCGCUGUCCUGGAUUGUGGCCGGACAAGUCGCCAGAGCAGAAAAAACAAUGUUCCAGGUGGUGGUUGUUCUGCUCUAUCUCAGCGUGUUAUUAGGACUUUACGUGGUGCCGCUCUACCUCACCUCCCCCUGCAUCAUGGACCCCAGCACCCUGAAACCACGACCAGAGGUCUUCGGCCACCAGGGAGCCCCCAUGCUCGCUCCAGAGAACACGCUGUGGUCUUUUCAGCGAGCGUUGCAGAUGAACGUCACCGGACUUCAGGCUGACGUUACUCUCAGUGUUGAUGGCGUACCGUUCCUGAUGCACGACCUGGACCUGCGGAGGACCACAGAUGUGGCCAAAGUGUUUCCAGACAGACGGACGGACGAAGCCUCGUUCUUCAACUGGACCGACUUGCAGCAGCUCAACGCAGGACAGUGGUUCCUUAAGGAGGACCCAUUCUGGACGGUGAGCUCUCUGUCCCAGCAGGAGAAGAACCUGACUGCCAGGCAGCGUGUGUGCAGCCUGCAGCAGCUCCUGAAGCUGGCCUCCUACCACAACAUCUCAGUGGUCUUCAGGGUGAAGAGACCUCCUCCGCUGCACCCCUGCCACCACAGCUGGAUCAACGACACACUGCAGGCUGUGCAGCAAUCUGGAGUUCCUCACCACCUGGUAAUGUGGACUCCUGACGAGCAGAGAGCUCAGGUCAGGCAGACCUCACCUGGUCUCACCCAGACCUCGCUGGUCAAACAGGAUCCACGGGAUCUGCAGAAAUCCGGCAUCAGUAGGCUGAUGCUCAGAUACAACCAAGUCAGCCCAAGUGAAAUCCUGAGAUUCUCCAGAAACAACAUCAGCCUUACCGUGUACACGGUCAACGAGCCGUGGCUGUUCUCGGUCCUGUGGUGCAGCGGGGUGUCUUCGGUCUCCUCAGAGGCCCCACACAUCCUCAGAAAGUUGCUUUAUCCAGUCUGGCUCAUGAGGCCCAAUGAAUACUGUCUGAUGUGGGUGUCUGCAGACGUCGUCUCCUUCGCUGCAGUCAUAGGAAUAUUCAUAUUACAGAACUAUCACAUGAUCAGGUAUCGGCUGAGCAGCAUGCGCAGCUACAACCCUGAGCAGAUCAUGCUGAGCGCCUCGGUCCGGACGUCCAGCCGGGACGCCAACGUCAUGAAGGAGAAGCUCAUCUUCUCCGAGGUGAGGAACGGAGGUGGCACCGAUGAGCUGUACGAGGACCACAGCUACGACUACAACCAGUGA